CUCUUAAAUUAUUGUUACAAAACGCUGAUUAAUAUCAUUGAUCAUCCACUUAUACCACAGAAGAAUAAUGCAAGUAACAUAGUAAAAGGAACUAAAGCAACGUUUCAUGGUCCAUCUAUGGCGGACGUUAAACCUUAUAAGGAGGGUAACCGUUUUUCUGGUCACAACUCAUGACUACCGCGUUUCAUCUUUCACCUACAAAAGCAGAAAGCGAUUACACUUCACGUCUCUCUCUCUCUCCCUCUCUCUAAUUCAAUUUAUUUCGGUUUUUGCUCAUAAAACAAAGACAGCGCAGACAGAGUCAUAGGAUUCUUGAUAUGGCUCAAACAAGAAACAAGGUAACCAUUGUGGAGAAACUUUUAUCGACAAAGUCAUCCUCGUAUUCGACCAAUCUUUGGGACUGUGGAAGCACGCUCUACGACUCGUUUGAGCUCAACUCCUUCCAACGUCAACUCCACUCCGCCAUAGCUAAGUCCCCCAUAACUAGAACCCUUUCCAUGCCUCACUUACCGGAGCGUUCGCUUCACGCGCUUCCGGAUCAGCCUCCUCCUCCACCUUCCAUCGCCAUGCGACGAAAGUCCUUCAACUUCUCUCGCUCCUUUCACAAACUCAUUCGCUCCGUUUUCAGGUCCAACAAUAAAUCCUCCACCACCACCACCACCACUUUGAGUUUCCACGUGCCAGAGAAAUACUCCAAAGAGCGCUUCUACGUGGUUUAUGAUAAGUCUGGACCCGUUCUCUCCACCAUCCCCGAAGUUCCGGAGUUUGAGAUCGGUGCACUCUCGCCGGAGAUCUCGUCCCUCGUCAGAAGGUCAGCUUCGGAACGUUUAAUUACCACAAAUCGCUUAGUUUUAGAUCUUAAUUAAUUUUUGUUUUCUUUGCUUAGGAGUUUGAUUGCUUUUAGGAAUUGAUUCAAACCGAAUGUCAAUGUCACUCGUUAAGCUGUUUUUGUUAAUUAAUUAACUUUAGUAUGGCGUCGUAUUACACUUGUUUUAAUGUUAAUUAACCUUAAUAUGGCGUCGUAUUGUACUUGGUUUAAUGUAUCAAACAGCAUAUGUGAAAAAAUUAGCGCUUGAAUGAUUUCUAUUGCUAA